AUUUACCCUUUUUUUUCCCUCCUCAUCUCUCUCUCUUCUUCUUCAUCAGCUCCUCUAUCUCUCUCUUUCCUGAUUGUCUUCAUCAAAAACUGGAAAAAGCAAAUCAAGAAAAGAGAAGAAGAAGCAGAUGUGUCCGUUAAGGCUUAUCCUCAUAUUCCUUUCAGCGACUCUCGCUGGCUUCUUCGUCCUCCAGAAGCUCAACUCUACCUCUGACGAUCCUCUCGAUGAUUCCUUCACCGACGCUGAACACGCCGACGACGAUUCAGUCUCUGGAUUCUCCAAGGUGGGAAUGGCAAUGAAGUCUGGAUUUUGGACAUGCGUUGACAUGGCAAGUGGUCGCUAUCUCUGGAACAAUCUCUGUUCAAAUGCCAAACGCUCUUCUUGAGUUUUGUUACUCUCUAUCUGUCUCUCUAUUGUCUGUAACUGUUUAAUUGAACUGCAAUCGACGGCACCAAAUUUACAUAUUGUCUCUGUACUAUAUACUAUAGAUCUUGUCUUCACUACUAAAUCUCAAUAAAGUCGAAGCCUUUAUCCCAGUUUCAAAGAGAGUGGAGGAUAUGGCUUAGAUUCUUGUUCUUCCUGUAAUGCUGUAGAGUAAGCAAUUGAAGUUCUCAAUUCAAAAGUCUUGCCAUUGAGAAUUUCUUUAAACGACUUCUUUAUAUUAUGAUGGAUUCCUUUUUUCCACAAAUUAAAAAUGUAAGAAACUCAUAUACGAUUAACAUCAGUGAUUCAGUGUUAAGCAAAAUUCCAAAAACUUGACAAGAACAAAUUUCAAAACUUCAAUGGUUCUUCCUGUUCUUGUUGUUCUUGUUGUUGUUGUU